AUGGCGUCCAUAACCAUCGCAUGGACCCUUUCUAACGUUCCACCCAUGGUUAGUAUUAAGACGUCGUGCGUAGUGAAUGGAGUAGACUAUAAAACUCAUCUUUCUAAAGUGGCUUAUCAGUCUUUGGGAAAAGUUAAUGAUUGUGAUAUACUCUGUCAUUCUGAAACACUUUUUGAUUGUGAGGCUUACACUUGGGGAGGUGUAGGAACCCAUUGUAUUCUCCAUGGAAAGGUCACAAACCUUCUCGUUUUUCCCAAGAAGGAUUCCAUAUAUUCUACUUAUGACCGACUGUGUCAGACUGGACAAGUAGCUCCACGUUUGACUUUGUGCGAGUUCCAGUUGAGAAGUGUUCUCAUCGGUUCUCUCCAAGACGCAAAGAAAUUGUUCAGCGUUACCAGGGAAGCAUGUGAAACACAGUGCAUUAUGGAAAUUUUUUCAAAAUGCACUUCGUACGCCUUUGAUGAGACCGUACCGCUAUACACUGGGACGAAUUGCCUCUUGUUCGCUCAAAAUUCUAAGAAGACAGUUCCUGAAGGAAACUAUAGCUUAUAUGAAAACCCCUGCCGCGUGUGA